CAAUAAACUUAUCUCUAAACUGCUCGAAUAAACGAGUUGUACCCCGCUGGGCCGCUCUGCCUUUCGAGCAGGGAUCGAUCAGUUGAUGAUUGUAAUGAUCAUCAACUUAGCGAUCCCGCUUCAGCCAUAACUAUAUGUCGUCAUCGGCGGUUUGCCGGAAGCGACCGAGUGUUGGCCGGUAGUGGCUGGAAGUGGCCGGGUGUGUACCGCUAGUGGCCGGGUGUGUGCCGGCAUGGGCGUGGGUGUGCCGGCAUCGGCGUAUGUGUGCCGGAAGCGGCCGGGAGUGUGCCGAAAGUCGCCGGAUGUAGGUCGGAAGUGGCCGGCUGGUUCCCAGUAUCGGCGGGUGUUUGCCGGAAGUGGCCAGAUGAUUGCUGGAAGUGCUUUAAAAACAGAGAGAGCGAGAGAGAAAGAGCGAAAACCAAUCUUAGGGGUACAAUCGAACACACACACACACACACAGACACGCACCACUCGUUCGUUCUGAUGCUAUCAGCGGCACCGUAUCGGGGUGCGCGCCCGAGCGAGAUCUUGUCUGGGGUGUGCUGCGUAUGCGUGCUGAAUGGGCCAUCGCUCAAGGGCCCUUGACUACUUUCAGUUUCGUACUGUCAGCCGCUCUCGGUGGAUGCACAACUUCGAAGCAGCGACAAGGGUUUUGCGUUGUACUUGAAGGUGUGUUGGCGAUUGUUCGGUUGUUGUUGCUGUACGGUCAGCAGAGCGCGAUAAGAGCCGGGCUAGGGCCGCGUGGUGGCCAGACUAGGGAGGCUCGACACUCGAUCUGCUGCGUACGAUCGAAGCUUAUCCCGCUUAUCUCGCCUGGCAACUGCUGUGGAUGUGGAUUGCUCGGUUUCGGCUCGGUACGAUCCUGGAUUCUGUAUAAACGCGGAGCAACACCGAAGCGAUGUUCUCCCGGUUGGUGCUGUCCCGUAGCUACCACUCGUCGAAAGGAGUGUUUGGCUACCGGCCCCGGCCACCGUCUAGCUAUCAAGGGGUCAGCGCACAGGUACUGGAGCAGCGGCAGCGAAACAGUAAUGCGUAUCGCUGGAUAGAGGCCUACCGUAACCAUGGCCACCGGAUGGCAACGAUCAAUCCGGUCCCGUUCGGUGACACCUCGACCACGGCACCACGGGAGCUCGAUCCAGUUCGUUACGGUCUGGCGAGUGGUGAUCGUAUCGAUGCCGGCGGACUGCUCUCUGUUGCUGCCCCGUCAGCGGUCGGUGAGCUCGAGGCGCUACUGCGCACGCUAUACUGUGGUAGCUGCAGCAUCGAGCUGGCCCACAUCGAGUCGGAGGAGGAGCGCGAGUGGCUGAUCGAGCGGUACGAACGGUUGCUUACCGAGCGGCCGCUCACCGAUGCGGAUCGGCGCGAUAUCGCCGAGCUGAUGCUCAAGUCGCAGGCCUUCGACAACUUCCUUGCCAUCAAGUUCCCGACGGUGAAGCGGUAUGGUGGUGAGGGUGCGGAAAGCAUGCUGGCAUUCUACCGGGAACUGUUCCGGUGCGCGGUCGAGGUGGCUGGCCUGCGCAACAUCGUCAUCGGAAUGCCGCACCGGGGGAAGCUGAACGUGCUGACCAUCCUGUUCGGUACGCGACCGGCCAAGAUCUUCCGCAAGCUGAAGGGCUACCCGGAGUUUCCGCCGGACGCGAAGGCGAUGUGCGACAUCGCGAGCCAUUUCCAUACGUCGACGGAUAUCAGCUGGAAGGGGGGCAGCUUUCACCUGAACAUGAUCCACAAUCCGUCGCACUUGGAGGCGGUCAAUCCGGUGUCGAUGGGGAAAGCACGGGCGAAGCAGUUGGCCCUGCGCGAUGGACCGUACGCGAGCAGUGGUCAGGAGGCGGGCGCCCGCUCGCAGGCACUGAACGUGCAGGUGCACGGUGAUGCGGCCUUCCCGGGCCAGGGUAUCAAUCAGGAGUGUCUGAUGAUGGCCGAGGUGCCGCACUUUGAGGUCGAGGGCACCAUUCACCUGAUAGUGAACAAUCAGGUUGGCUUCACGACACCGGCCGACCGGGGCCGCAGUACGCGCUACGUGUCCGAUCUCGCCAAAUCCAUCAUGGCACCGAUAGUGCACGUGAACGCCGACGAUCCGGAGGCACUGACGUACGUAACGCAGCUUGCGGUCGAGUAUCGGCAGCGCUUCGGGAAGGACUUUUUCAUCGAUCUGAACUGCUUCCGGCGCUGGGGCCACAACGAGCUCGAUGAUCCGACCGUGACGAAUCCGCUGCUGUACGAGGCCAUCCACGGUCGACCCUCGAUACCGGACGCUUACGCGCAGCGGCUAAUCGAGCGAGGUAUACUCGAUCAGCCCGACGUUGAGGCCAUGUCCAAGAGCCACCAGAACGUGCUGAUGGCUGAGCUGCAGGCGUACGAGCAGUACGAACCCGAGCGCUCCUACUUUCAGCAGCAGUGGAGUGGGCUGGAACAGCCUGGCAACGAGGUGACGACCUGGAACACCGGGCUCGACUAUCGGCUACUCGAUCACAUUGGGCGGGCGAGCGUUACCUAUCCGGAAGACUUUAGCAUCCAUCCGCACGUGAAAAAGACGCAUGUCGAUGGUCGGUUGAAGCGGUUAAGCGAGGGGCAGCGCAUCGACUGGGCGACGGCGGAAGCGCUCGCGAUCGGUAGCCUCAUGUACCAGGGGUACAAUGUGCGGCUGAGCGGAGAGGACAUCGGACGAGGUACGUUUGCCCACCGCCACGCCAUGCUCGUCGAUCAGCGCACGAACGAGAUCUACAUUCCGCUGAACGAUCUGACUGGCGGUGGACCGGGGUCCGGGCAGCUCGAGCUGGCCAACAGCAUCCUAUCGGAGGAGGCGGUGCUCGGCUUCGAGUACGGCAUGGCCAUCGACAACCCGUCCACGCUCGUCCUGUGGGAGGCCCAGUUCGGUGACUUCUUCAAUGGUGCCCAGAUCAUCAUCGACACCUUCCUCGUCAGCGGUGAAACCAAAUGGAUGGUGUGUAAUGGGCUGGUGAUGCUGCUGCCGCACGGCUACGAUGGGGCCGCUUCGGAGCACAGCUCCUGCCGCCUCGAGCGCUUCCUGCAGAUGACGGACUCUGGUGAAGCGCAUCCGGACGGAGACGACGUGAAUCUGCAAAUCGUGAACCCGAGCACACCGGCCCAGUACUACCACGUGCUGCGACGCCAGCUGAUACGCAACUUCCGCAAGCCGCUCGUUGUCGUCGCACCGAAGACGUUGCUCCGGCUAUCCGACUGCGUCUCGACGCACGUCGACUUCGCACCCGGAACAUAUUUCCGGUCGGUGCUACCGGACGAGUUGGUGCAGGAACCGAAGCGGAUUCGCCGGGUGGUGCUGUGCAGCGGUAAGCACUACUACACGCUCAACCAGGAGCGGAAGUCACGCCAGCUCACCGAUGUGGCGCUGGUGCGGCUCGAGUCGCUCUGUCCCUUCCCGGUGCAGGCACUGCAGGACGAGCUGGCCCGCUACACGAAUGCCCGCGAGUUCCUGUGGAGUCAGGAGGAGCAUCGGAACAUGGGCGCCUGGACGUUCGUGCAGCCGCGCUUUGAGAACAUGUGCGAAAGAAGGAUUCAGUAUCGCGGACGUCCCGAAGCGGCAACGGUAGCCGUCGGUGUUGGUCCAUGGCAUGCAAAGCAAGCAGAGGAGAUAAUCAACACCACCUUCCAGUAAACGGGGCCGCAGCACCAUUAAAACGUUUCAUUAUUGCUCAACAGCGCUGUUGACGGCGCCAUUCGGUGUCAUUCCGUACACUAGGAUCCUUUCUUUACAAAGGGUAACAAGGGUGAUAUCACACAUCGUUUGCUUAGCAGUGCUAAUGGAGAACGAUACAGCAAGCCUCCAGGGCAAAACGAGUAGGUAUUUGUAUGAGUAAGACAUGCAGAUAUGGGAAUUCGAGGCAAUUACAUACUUCCAGCGUAUUUGCUACAGUACCUAGCGUUGUAUUGUGGUUUCACAAUAAGCUGGCAGCUUAAAGGCUCGUGACGCGAGCAAACUAUC